AUGCUUGGCAUCUUCUCCUACACACUCUCCCUGCUGGGCAGGAUUCCCACCACUUCUCGGAGGGGUUCCGCUGCCGUGACUGAUAUGCCUGGCUCAAGCGUCGCCGGUCUCGCGCGACGGACACUCGGAAUCGCUCUCCUGCUGGUAGUGGUGUUGUUGUGGACAGCGUCAAAUUUCCUAGGAAGCACUAUCUUUGCCGACAAAACAUACCCCAAGCCCUUUUUUGUGACAUAUAUCAACACUUCCAUCUUUAUCUUGCCACUCUUCACAAUCUUGGCCGGCCGAACAUGGAGUCUGUGGCGUGCUCGGAAACUGUCCCAGAUCACCUCUUUCCGGAGUCUGUUGCGGCAUUUGGAUUAUGAAUAUCAGAAAAGUGAGGAGCAGGGGAUCCUACGAUCUGGGUUGCUCGAUGAUGAGUCCCGUGAUCAUGGAAUUGAAAACUCGCAGUAUGCACGGUCCCAGAUGGAUGAAAGAAAAUCAAAGCUAGGGCUGCGGGCGACGGCUAAACUGAGCUUUGAAUUUUGCCUUUUAUGGUUCAUUGCAAAUUACUUCGCGAUGGCCUGUCUCCAGUUUACGACAGUGGGAAGCACAACGAUUCUGACUUCUACAAGUGGUGUCUGGACUCUCAUUUUUGGUGCUCUACUUGGCGUUGAGAGAUUUACAGCUCGUAAAUUUCUUGGCGUCGUCGCCUCUCUUAUCGGCAUCAUUCUCAUUUCGAGAGUCGAUCUCUCGAAGCCAGAUGCAGGGGCAGAUGCCGCGGCCGCAGGUAACGGUGAAGGAUCAUUCCCGCACAAGACCUCUCGUGAAAUUGCCCUGGGCGACGCCAUGGCGGCAUUCAGCGCUAUCAUGUAUGGCGUAUACACGAUCGUCAUGAAGAAGCAGGUCGGCGAUGAGUCGCGGGUGAACAUGCAGCUGUUCUUCGGCCUCGUUGGACUCUUCAAUCUCGUGCUACUAUGGCCAGGCUUUUUUAUUCUGCAUUGGACCGGGGUUGAGUUGUUCGAGCUGCCAAAUACGAACCGAGUGUGGACGAUCGUUUUGGUGAACGCCAUCUCCUCGUUUAUUUCCGACAUUGCCUGGGCUUACGCCAUGCUCCUCACCACUCCGCUUGUCGUAACUGUUGGUCUCAGUCUGACCAUCCCUCUUUCUUUGGUCGGCCAGAUCUUCCUACAAUCACAGUACGCUUCACCGCUGUACUGGUUUGGAGCAGCAAUUGUGUUCUUUUCAUUCCUCGUUGUUAAUCACGAGAGCAAAACCCAAGAGGGUCCUGCAGCGCCCGGUAUUACGGACAGGCCAUCUUCUGGCGAGUACGAAAGUAUCCCUCGAGACGAAGUGCGGUAG